GUUCAAGUUUGGAUACACAUAUAGAAAGCUGUGAGAAGCUAAAUUCACAACAGACAAGAUGGCCGCUGUGUUGUUGCAGGAAAGUCGAUUGAUAUAAUAGUUUCACGAAUAAAAAGUGAAGAUAUUCGUAUUCAGCAUAUCUAUAUUGCAUGGUUUUAAAUAGUCUACUUCACAGAGAAAUGGAUACAGUAGUGCAGAUUAAUUCAGGAGAGGCCGGUAUUGAAAAACAAGGAAGUUGCUUGCUGCUUCGUUAUGCAAGUCAGAAUUCACUUGAUGAGAGUUCUCAGAAACAUGUACCACGACCAAGCAGUAAAGAGAAACCACCAUACCGAAAUCACCAUCACACUCACAGGGCAUUUGAUGUAAUGAAUGUAAUGAGGAAGCAAAACCUAUUGUGUGAUGUAACACUAGUUGCUGACAGCAUCGAAGUACCAGCCCAUAAGAUGGUGUUGGCAGCAUGUAGUCCGUAUUUCUAUGCCAUGUUCACAAGUUUCGAAGAAAGUAAACAAGAACGUAUCACAUUACAAGGAGUAGAUUCUCAAGCAUUACAGUUGCUAGUAGAGUAUGUCUACUCAUCAGAAGUUCAUGUAACAGAGGAGAAUGUCCAGGUAUUGCUUCCAGCAGCAAAUUUGUUACAGCUGACAGAUGUGAGGGAUGCUUGUUGUGAUUUCUUACAAGCUCAGUUGCAUCCAACCAAUUGUCUUGGAAUUAGAGCCUUUGCUGAUCUUCAUGGUUGUCUUGAACUAUUGAGUCAUGCAGAAACAUAUAUCGAACAGCAUUUUCCGGAAGUUGUGGAAUGUGAAGAGUUCCUGACAUUAUCUCAUCAACAAGUUUCCAAACUAAUUUGUAGUGACAGGCUUACAGUUCCAUCAGAAGAAAAGGUAUUUGAGUGUGUGAUUGCAUGGGUUCACCAUGACUUGGAAAACAGGCAAAUGCACUUGGCAGAAUUGAUGGAGCAUGUCCGGUUGCCAUUACUGUCACAGGAGUACCUUGUACAGAGGGUGGAGGAAGAGCCACUGCUGAAAGCUAAUUUACAGUGUAAAGAUUACCUUAUUGAAGCUCUGAAAUAUCAUUUAUUGAAAGGUGAACAGAAGAUUUUGUUUAAAACACCAAGAACAAAACCACGACAACCUGUAGGAUUACCCAAGGUACUUCUUGUGGUGGGUGGACAGGCUCCUAAAGCAAUCCGGAGUGUGGAAUGUUACGAUUUCAAAGAAGAACGAUGGUAUCAAGUAGCAGAGAUGCCAACAAGGCGCUGCAGGGCUGGCUUAUCAAUGAUUGGUGGCUGUGUGUAUGCCGUGGGUGGUUUCAAUGGCUCCCUGCGGGUGAGGACUGUUGAUGUGUAUGACGCAGCUUUAGAUCAGUGGUCUUCCUGUGCCAGUAUGGAAGCACGAAGAUCAACCCUCGGUGUUGCCGUUCUGGGAAAUUGCAUUUAUGCAGUGGGUGGAUUUGAUGGCUCAACCGGUCUGAAUUCGGCAGAAAUGUAUGAUCCACGAACUCAUGAAUGGAGGAUGAUUGCUCCUAUGUCCACUAGGAGGAGUAGUGUGGGGGUUGGUGUCGUAAAUGGGUUGCUUUAUGCUGUAAGUGGCUAUGAUGGUGCGUCAAGGCAGUGCCUGAGUUCUGUGGAGAGUUACAAUCCUGAUUCAGAUACAUGGUCUGCUAUUAUAGAGAUGUCUGCACGGCGUAGUGGUGCAGGUGUCGGUGUCUUAGAUGGAAUUUUAUAUGCAGUAGGAGGUCAUGAUGGUCCUUUGGUCCGAAAGCGUGUGGAAUCUUAUAAUCCAGAUACUAAAACUUGGACCCCAGUUGCAGAUAUGGCACUAUGCAGGAGGAAUGCAGGUGUUGUUGCCCUUAAUGGAAUGCUGUACGUUGUUGGUGGGGAUGAUGGUACGUCAAACCUGGCUUCUGUGGAAGUCUAUAAUCCCAAAACUGAUUCCUGGUCAAUGCUGCCAUCUUCUAUGGGUAUUGGUCGCAGUUAUGCGGGAGUUGCUAUCAUUGACAAGCCUAUAUGAAGAUCAGCCCAGCCUGGGACAGAGGCAUCCAGUGGGGUUUAUUUACAUUGGCUCCUAGUAAACAAAUUGUUUCCACUUUGGUCUGCAAAUAUUGGAAACAUGAGAGAAAGGCAGAUACUGGAUGUGCUUUUGAGACAUGGCUACCUCUUGCCAUCUUAUUGGGAAUUAUAAAUAGCUUUGUAGUCACUCAGGGGGUGCUGCCCCUUAUCCCUUUGGGUAUUAAUAUAAAGUGAAAAAUGUUACAGUGGAAUAGUAAAUUUAGUAGAGCAUGUUGACCAUUUCUACAACAGUUAGCAUAAUUAUUAAUCAUUUUUAAAAAGGGAAACGUAUGGCAAUUUUUUGUUCAUGCUAAGUUAUGACCAUGAUAGUGAAACUGAAUAUGUGUCUUACUUUGACAUGAACAAAAUUCUGUUGAGUAUGGUUAAAAGAUUUGUGUGUGUGUGUGUGUGUGUGUGCUGUGGCAGUUUAUGCGGGAAUUAACGAUGUAAAAAAAAACACUCAACUAUACAACCCUCAUUGUCAAACCUUGCCAGUAGAGAAGAUACAUAUGUAAAGAAUAUGACUGACAGAAAGUCAGUUGUUCAUCAUUUCAACUGAAAACUAUAUUUUGUUGCAUUCUUCCUGCACUUUAACAUGCAUUUACUUCCCAUAUCAUAAUAUAUAAACAGCAGAAUAAAAGGAAUAAAUUAAAUAAAAACUAUACUUCAAUUUGAGCUCUACAUGUCUCAUGAAUAUAUGUAUGAAUGUAUUUAUCUUGGCUGAUGCAUUUAAUCAUCGAGAGCAAAAUUCAGUUUUCAUUUAAAUGUUUAGAUAUUGUGUUAGUUGCUUUUAUAUCUGACUUUGUGUAUG